AUGGGGAACGUUCAGGCCACCAGACAACUUGAGGUCUCACAAUCUACACCUCAAAACAAUCGAUGCCGAGAAGUGCCAGAAGGUCCCGACGGGCGAACUCAAAAUGCGUCCGUCGUCGUCCAGGCCAAGGCACUGGCCACCAGCCACAUUCAACAUCAUCAGACCCAAAAAAGGGAACAUGAUGUGGCACGUGUUGUGGCGUGUGCUGAUGACCAACAAUGCCUCGAUCAUGCCAAGGUUUCGCCAGGUUGCCCUUCCGCAUCGCCUUACCAUCACGCCCAAACAACUCUGCAACCUUAUCUCUGUGUUCAACGUAUGCGGGAUAAGAGGUAUUCCAGGUCGCGCACUCGCUCUCGAUCUCCAGCUCGAACUCGCCGAUACUCGUCGAGGUCUGAGCACGACGCCACUUCACUGCACCAUGGCCACCGUCGAUCCCGUUCAAAAUCUGGUAGCCCAGACAGGAGACGUAGUUCCUCUCACGGGGCACAACCUAGUAAGGACAGACAUAGGAGGAAAGCUCAUAAGCGCCCCACUUCCGUGUCUGGUAGCAGCUCUUCCGAGAGUUCCUCGUCUGACACGGACACGGAAAAGCGUAGAAGAAAGGAAAGGAAACAUAAAAAGCAUAAACAUGGUAAAGACAAAAAGAGCAAGAAAAAGUCCAAAAGGAGAAGCAGUGCACUCGAUGGGCUCGGAACUGGGAUCCUAAGUUUAGUUGAGAGCGAAUUGGUCAAUUCUGCGCCAAAACCAAGCGAGAACAGCUUGAUCAAUGCCCAUCGCUAUUCAACAGAACCUGUCAAGCCGCCUUCCACUAUCACGCUGAGUAGCAAGGGCUCAGUACCAUUGGCGUCCAGCCAUCCUGCUGGACACGGUAGACGUCAUGUGGGUGCCCCACAAACUCGGGAGGAGUAUGAAAAAGAACAGAGUGUGGUAAAGGAAGUGUUUGAUCCUUUUUCGGGAAGAAUGAGGUAUGUAUGUGCGUCUCUAUACUUUUUCUUUUUGCACUCGGUACAUGGCUACUUUGAGCAUGAGAUAUGGAGGAUUUUUUAAAAUCUUGUCUUUGUGCACUCUUCUCUCCCUGUCAUAUUGCUUUACGUCGAGAGACUGGUCAAAGGAUCCGGUGAGAUCAUUGAGCGCAUUGUUACCCAAAAUCAGCAUCGAGAAAUUAACAAGAUCGCGACGCUGGGCGACGGGAACAUGUAUGCGAGCACAUUGGAUAAGGUUGCCAAAGGCGGUCGAUAGAGCUCUAGUAUUUGAAUAGUGAUUCCUGCUGCUCAUUCUCACAAAUGUCUAUGAAUGUCGUCUGUCCAUCGCUUGAAAUCAAAGAAUGCGAUACAUGGCGUGUCCUGAUGCAGCG